AUGAAUCAACUCUACCAUCCAAAUGGUUUGUGUAUUGAUGAUGAUCAAACUAUCUACAUUGCUGAAUACUGGAAUCAGCGUAUUGUGGAAUGGAAAUGUGGUGCGAAGACUGGUCGAGUUGUUGCUGGUGGCAAUGGAGGAGGAAACCGUCUUGAUCAGUUUUACUGUCCGACGGAUGUGAUUAUUGAUAAAGAAAGAGAUAGUCUCAUCAUUUGUGAUUAUGUUAAUGAUCGAGUAGUUCGGUGGCCUCGUCAAAAUGGUACAACUGGAGAAAUGAUCAUCUCAAAUGUUGGAUGUUGGGGUUUGACAAUGGACGAUGAAAAAUUUCUUUAUAUUGUUGAUUUCAAUAAACAUGAGGUCAGACGAUAUCGAAUGGGAGAAAGUCAAGGAACAUUGGUUGCAGGUGGAAAUGGACAAGGAAAUCGUCUUGAUCAAUUGUCUUGUCCAAGAAACGUAUUCGUCGAUCGAGACCAUUCAGUUUACGUAUCAGAUCAGUUUAACCAUCGUGUCAUGAGGUGGAUGAAAGGUGAAAAACAAGGCAUUUUUGUGGCUGGUGGUCAAGGUCAAGGAAAUAGUCUUAGACAAUUAUCGAGUCCUCUUGGAAUCAUCGUGGAUCAAUCAGGUACUGUUUAUGUGGCGGAUAGUGGCAAUCAUCGAAUACUGUGUUGGCCGCACGGAGUCACACAAGGAAGUGUCAUCGUUGGUAGAAACGGUCAAGGUGAUCAAUCGAAUCAACUUAAUUGUCCCGUUGGUUUGUUAUUUGAUCGAGACGGCAAUCUCUAUGUGAUUGAUAAUGGAAAUAGUCGAGUACAAAAGUUCAACAUCGAUCGAAAUUGA